AUUUAUCGAAACCCUCAAACCCAAAAGAAGAUUGAAGAUGAGUCUCAGCGCGAAGGACAAGGCAGCAGUUAAGGCCUUCUGGGCCAAAGUGUCUGGACAGGCAGAUGCCAUUGGCUCAGAUGCUCUGUCUAGGAUGCUGGUGGUCUACCCCCAGACCAAGACCUACUUUGCCCACUGGAAGGACCUGAGCCCCGGCUCUGCCCCAGUAAAGAAGCACGGGAAGACUGUGAUGGGAGGAAUUGCUGAUGCUGUGGGCAAAAUCGAUGACAUUUCCUCAGGUCUGCUAAACCUCAGUGAACUUCAUGCCUUCACCCUGAGAGUGGACCCCACCAACUUUAAGAUUCUUUCUCACAACAUCCUUGUGGUUAUGGCCAUAAUGUUCCCCCAGGACUUCACUCCUGAGGUCCAUGUGGCUUUGGAUAAGUUCCUGGCUGCAGUGUCCCUGGCUCUGUCUGAGAAAUAUCGAUAAAAAGCAUAAAAAGAGCAGAAGCUGCUGCUAAAUAAAAAGACCAAAUCCAUGAAAAAUA